UCAUUCACUCAUCCAUCAGUGCGCGCAACAGGUUUCCACCUGAGUCAAGGCAACGCAAGGAUUUAUCAUACCUAGUUUGUGUUUUAUUCGUCUCUGCAGGUUUAAGGAUAAAUAAAACAUAUAUUAAAGAGCACAAUUGUGCCGUAUAAUCGUGAUGAGGAGCUAGAGACUGUUUUCCCUGAACUUUUCAUGCCGGGACGGUCCUGCAUUAGUGGCGGGCGAUGGCAAAGACAUCUAUUGUCCUUUCUCUCGUCGACAUUCUUUUUAUCAUCAACUUGGCUAUAGCGAUAGAGCUUAGGUUCGUACCUGAUCCUCCAAUCCUAAACAUCACUGAAAAGACUCUCAAAAUCAAUGCUUCAGAUACACUGGAGAUCACUUGCAGAGGUCGCCAGAUCCUGGAGUGGUCUACACCUCACAACCGAACCCGUUCCGAAACCCGGCUCACCAUAUCCGACUGUAGUGGUGAAGGACUUUUCUGUAGCACAUUAACCCUCACCAAGGCAGUAGCCAAUGAGACGGGAGAGUACCGCUGCUUCUACAAAAACCUGCCAAUAGAGGAUGGGAAGACUUCAAAAGCGGUUUAUGUCUUUGUACAAGAUUACCGCACACCAUUUGUCCGAAUGGCUCAAGAUUAUGAUGUGGUGUUCAUCCGGGAGGGAGAACAGGUGGUCAUUCCCUGUCUAAUAUCUGUGGAGGACCUAAACGUUACACUUUACACAAAGUAUCCAGUAAAAGAACUAGCCACUGAUGGGAAAGAGGUCAUCUGGGAUAGCAAGAGGGGCUUCAUCCUCCCUAGUCAUGUAGUCAGUUAUGCUGGUGUGGUCUACUGUGAAACCAUUAUUCAAAACGAGACCUAUCAGUCCUCACCUUACAUUGUGGCUGUUGUUGGAUACAAGAUCUAUGACCUCACCCUGAGUCCAGCUCAUGAGAGGCUGACGGUGGGGGAGAGGCUAGUGCUCAACUGCACAGCUCACACGGAACUCAAUGUGGGAAUCGACUUUCAGUGGACCUUCCCUCAUGCGAAGAGAAGUGUGAACAGCACAACACAACGGUCACGUUAUGACACCAAAUCCUACAAGAAGAAGCUGUGGAACUCUUUAGAACUGUCCAAUACCCUCAUUGUACAGAAUGUGUCCAUAAAUGACACAGGAGAGUAUAUAUGCACAGCCUCCAGUGGUCAGAUGCAGAAGGCUGCCCGUGCCUCCCUCAUUGUCUAUGAGAAGCCAUUUAUAGCACUGAAUGAUCAGUUGUUGCAGACUGUGGAGGCAACUGCUGGCCAGGAAGAGGCAAAAAUCCUUGUUAAAUACUAUGCCUAUCCAGAGCCCUCUGUCAAGUGGUAUAAGAAUGACCAGCCAAUAUCCUGGAAAGAUGAGUACAGGAUGAAGCCUGCCAGAGGAUCUCUCACCAUAUACGGUGUAACAGAGAAGGAUUCUGGGAAUUACACCAUUAUAAUGACGAAUAAGGUCACCAAGGAGGAGCAGAGAAGAACUUUUCAACUGUUGGUUAAUGAUCGUCCUAGGAUAUUUGAGAAGGAAGUACCUUCGGAUCGAGAUGUUCAUAUGUAUGGCAGUAGCCCUACAUUGAGAUGCACUGCAAGCGGAGGAUCCAGCCCUGUCACAAUACAAUGGCAGUGGAUGCCCAGAGAGGACUGUCCAAUCAGAUUUCACCCAAAGUCGGACCAGAAUGUGGUGAAGUGUGAUAAAUGGAGGGAGAUAUCGAACAACACAGGAAAGAAUCCCAUCAGCAGCCCUAUAUCUGCUAUUGAGAGAUCUCUCAAGACUAUUAGCACACUGAAGAUCCAGAAAGCAGUUGACCAUGCUCUCUACAGGUGCAUUGCCACCAAUAAGAUGGGAACGGAUGAAAGAGUCAUAGUAUUCCGAGUAACUCAUUUCCUCAACCUAAGUGUUCUCCCCUCUAGCAGCCCUAUUGAGGGAGAAGAUGUGGUAAUACGCUGUGUAGCUGAUCGGCUGCUGUACAGUAACUUGCAUUGGUAUCGGGUAAUAAACGUAACCAAUCCUGAUGCCUUUCCAGUGGCUGUGCCCUGCGAUACCCUUACUCUGUCACCUUUCCACCAGCCUAAUGUCACCAUAUCAAGCCUGCAGGGCACCAAUGCAACACUUGACCUGCCCAUACCAAAUGCCACCUUGAUGGAUCAAGGCCUGUACGCUUGCCAAGUGGAGAACAUGGGCACCAGUGAGAGAACCUGCUUACUUCACAACCUCAGACUCCAAGCUCUUGAGGUGUCAAGAAUUGUGACCAAUCUGACUGACCAGAGAGUGAAUGUAAGUGACUCUACCACACUAGUGUGUGAAGUUUGGGGUACACCAACCCCUACUGUUUUUUGGACUAAAGACAAUCAGACUGUCAUAGAGGAUUCAGGUGUGAUUCUGAAAGAGUCCAACCAGAUCUUGACCAUCCAACGGGUGAAAAAAGAAGACAGUGGUCUAUACAUAUGUACAGCCUGUAACCAGCAGGGUUGUGACUCUGACCAGGCUCGUCUUAUUGUGGAUGGUGCAGAAGAAAAGAUGAAUGUGGAAUUGAUCAUGCCUAUUGGUGCUGUGGUCAUCGCCAUGUUCCUCUGGCUCCUCAUCGUCUUCGUCAUUCGUAACAGGAAACGGCCUUAUGAUGGAGAGCUGAAAACUGGCUACCUGUCAAUCAUACUUGACUCGGAUGAUAUGCCGAUGGAUGAGCACUGUGAGAGACUGACCUAUGAUGCAAACAAGUGGGAGUUCCCACGUGAUAGACUGAAGCUAGGGGAGCCGCUGGGCAGAGGAGCAUUUGGCCAAGUUGUGGAGGCGACCGCAUAUGGUAUCGAGAAGGCCACCACCUGUUCUACAGUAGCAGUGAAGAUGCUCAAGGAGGGUGCUACCUCCAGUGAGUACCGUGCUCUCAUGUCUGAGCUGAAGAUUCUGAUCCAUAUUGGUCACCACCUCAAUGUGGUCAACCUUCUAGGAGCCUGCACCAAACCAGGGGGACCCUUAAUGGUGAUUGUAGAGUACUGUAAACACGGUAACCUCUCCAGCUAUUUAAAAAGCAAGCGAGGAGAAUACAGUCCCUACAAGAGGCGUACUUCACGGCCAGGCAGGAGAAAAGUACAGCAGCAAGAGGAUUUGCGUGAGGGGGAUCUGGGUCUGGGAGCCAGCACUAGACUGGACAUCUGCACUGGUACUGCAUUGUGCACCAGACUGGGAGAGCAGACAACCACCACCCAUGUGCAGGAUGAGCAAGAGAGUUCAGACUGGGAUCACCUGACAAUGGAGGACCUCAUCAGCUAUAGCUUCCAGGUGGCCAAAGGCAUGGAGUUCCUAGCCUCCAGAAAGUGUAUUCACCGUGACUUGGCAGCCAGAAAUAUCUUACUAUCUGAGAACAAUGUGGUGAAGAUAUGCGACUUUGGUCUAGCCAGAGACGUCUAUAAAGACCCUGAUUACGUCCGUAAAGGAGAUGCUCGUCUUCCUCUUAAGUGGAUGGCUCCCGAGACCAUAUUUGACCGUGUGUACACUACACAGAGUGAUGUGUGGUCAUUUGGUGUGCUGCUCUGGGAGAUCUUCUCACUUGGUGCGUCUCCAUAUCCAGGUGUGUGUAUUGAUGAGUCUUUCUGCAGGCGACUCAAGGAGGGAACCAGAAUGAGAGCUCCAGACUAUGCAACACCUGAGAUAUAUCAGACCAUGCUGGACUGCUGGCUUGAUCGGCCUAAAGACAGGCCAACUUUUACUCAAUUAGUUGAACAUCUUGGUAAUCUGCUACAGGCUAGCGCACAACAGGAUGGAAAGGACUACAUCCCAUUGACAAAUGGAGAGAUGGAAGAAGAAUCAGGAACAUCUAAUAGAGCACCUUAUGUAGGCAGUACAGAAGCCCAGCUCCACUAUGAUAAUGCUCCACCACUGGGGUUCCCACAGCAGAUAGACAAUUGUGUAAUGCCAAUAAGUAUGACGACUUUUGAAGACAUUCCCCUGGAGCACAGUGCUGUAAUGAAUGGUCGCAUGGACUGUGGAGUGGGCUUUUCACGUGAGCAGAUGAAAGCUUUGGAUCGCCAUGUGCAAAGAACACCUAAUUUCAGCCCACUCCUGCGGUGCAAGAGUAAGGAGUCUUUAGCUUCCGAAUCAUCCAAUCAGACCAGCGGCUAUCAGUCGGGCUACCACUCUGAUGAUGCAGAAGCACCAAUAUACGCCAACGAGGAAAUGAUCCUGAAGAGAGACUUUCGGAAGAAACCUCCAUUGCCCAAGAGAGAUGACAAGUUCACCGCAGAUGUCCGUUACAGUGCACCUCCAGUUUAAUAUCGACACCUGUGUUUAUAGAUGAGCUUCAACAGUGUUUUUCUUUCGCAACAACACACUUAGCCCUGUCAUGCUCAUUUCAUGCAAGUGGUAGAAGAGUUUUAGAUCAUGGAAAAGUCAUAGAAAUUAAAACAAAACUGUAAAAGUCAUGGGAAUGUCAUAGAAAUAUCUGUAUAUACAUUUUAAUAUUUUUUGUGGCUAUGCUUAGAUUUAAAAUAUUACUGUAGAUUGGCUUUAAAUUGCAUAAUGCAGUCAAUAUAAAAUUAUAUUUAAAAAUCCUAAUCCAGUAUACUGGAAUCAUCAUGGACAUUAAUUGGUCACAAGGUGUGGGAACCCUGAACCUUCAAUGUCAUUGUUCAUUGAAUAUUAGGUUUUUCCUGCCAUUAGCCUACUCAUAAUGACACUGGUAUUAUAACCACAUGCACUGCAUCAUCUAAAACAACAAACUUUUUAAUUGGCCCUCAAGCUUCAGUUUGAAUUGUUAACUUUUUUAUUAUAUUCAUUUUUAUAAAUAAAUGUAAUAUAUUGCGUUGGAACAAGAUGUUUUGGAGCAGAUAAGAUGUAUGUUGUAUUUGUAUUCUUCUAAAUGUCAGGGGAGUGGGAAAGCCUUAGCAAUACAGUCCUGUUUACACAGACUGCAGAGCAAAAGCGUUCUAAGUGUGUCCACACCACUUCCUGAGCAGAGGCACACCCUCUUCCUACCGAACAGGAAAUAGCAACUGGAAUGUCAGACAACUGAGUGUGUGAAUGUUUUCCAUUUUUGUCUUCAUCUUUUGCAUUGUCUUUAAACAAAUGAUGGCCAGACUUUUUCUCUCCCAAGUAACAAACAAUCUGUCUGAUUUUAUCUCAUCUUUGUUUCUUGGUUUGUUUUUUGAUUGUACAGUUUAUAAUGAGGGCCUUUUUGUCUUUGUAAGAAAAAUGUCAGUAUUUUGCCAUUUUGAGUAUUAUUUAGUAAGACAUUAAUGUAAUUAGUUUUUAAAUUAAUAAACUCUUGCCAGUCAAAAUA